UGAUUUAGGGCUUAGACGCGUGAUCGGAAGCCCCGCCCUCGAGCGUGCGUCGAGACGUUCAUUACGUGAGUGCGUCCGCAUUUCCGCGCUGCGCCAUUUCGGAGCGGAUCUGGUCCAGGAAUCGGACGCACACGGUCAGAAACACGCGAAACUCACGAUGCAUCGCGACUGCCCUCUGGACUGUAAGGUGUACGUUGGGAAUCUGGGAAACAAUGGGAACAAAUCCGAACUGGAGAGGUCGUUCGGCUACUACGGCCCCCUGCGGAGCGUCUGGGUGGCCAGGAACCCUCCCGGUUUUGCGUUCGUUGAGUUCGAGGACCCUCGCGAUGCCACGGACGCCGUCAGAGAGCUGGACGGACGGACCCUCUGCGGUUGCCGAGUGAGGGUGGAGCUGUCCAAUGGCGAGAAGCGCUCUCGUAACCGGGGUCCGCCUCCAUCCUGGAGCCGACGCCCACGCGACGACUACCGCAGGCGCAGCCCGGCCCCCAGGCGCAGAUCUCCCAGGAGGAGGAGCCUCAGUCGUAGUCGCAGCAGAUCUCUUUCCAGAGAGCGCCGGAGGGAGAGAUCGCUGUCUCGAGACAGGAACCACAGGCUCUCGCGAUCUUUCUCCCGAUCAAGGAGUCGCUCCAGAUCUAAUGAACGGAAAUGAACUUCGGUGCAGAGAAGAACGUCGUGACGGAAACCUCGGCAUGUUGAAAAACUUUGAAAAGAAUGGAGUCCCCCAUGUUUUUUUUGUUUUGUUGGUGUUUUUUUUUUUAUUAUUGACAUUAUUUUAGCGGUUCUGUUUUCUUCUGUAGCUGCGGUUGUGCGUGUUUGCAGUUUUAAUGCGACGGCAUUCCAUCUUACACUUUUAAGACUUUUGUUGUUUUUGUCUGGUGGUGAUUGGUCCUGCUGUGCUGAGCUCGACCGUGUUUGUGUUCUGUGCGAUCAGAGGGGGGAGGCACUAUGACCACAGCAGGGGGUGGAAUGGAGAACAGCUUUCAUUCUGUUUUUGUUUUUUUCCUUGUAGUGUUUGUACUGUUUAUAAUGUUGAUCUGAAUUAAAACUCAUUACAAAAAUG